AUGCCCCUCAUCCCUGACGAGUCCGGCCCUGUGUCGCACCAUGUCUUCGCAUCCCCACCAGAGCGCUUGGUGACGAGGAGCACGCCUUCGUCCACCGUCCAUAGUCGGGAAACCUCCGCCGUCAGAGGAAGACCGGCCGAUCCCUUCGCGCUAGCCCCCUCGUCCCUACAGCCUCAGAACAAUCGUCGCGGUCAUUCGCAUUCAAAAAGCCCCGAAACGUCGAGUGGUCGUCCCGGUGCUGCCGCAUACGAUGCCCCCUUGGAACGGCGACCCUCCAACUCGUACGGCCAUCAUCGCCAGACCUCGAUAGUUCAUGGAAUCCAACACUCCCGCAAUCCCAGUUUCGCCGCCUCCACCUCCACAAGUCCUCUCAGUCCCGAACUCAUUGCGUCCCUCGGGCGUGGCGGUGGUGUAGAGCCGGAUAGCGCCGCGGCUGCGCGGCACGACCAGACAGAUAUGCACGCGAGUUAUCAAAGUCCCGGAGGAAACGCCUCGAGCCAUUCCUUAACAGGCACGCUGAGCACCAUCGAGGAUCGGGACACGGAUGAGGUCGGCAGCCAGAGCCCUGCGAAUACAGUCCAUCGAAGAAUGAACUCGAAUGGCAAGCCUUGGAGGGAACGCUCUCAUAGUCGAUCGCAUUCAAAACACCACUUUGAAUCAAAAACCGUGGGGGAAUAUGCCUUGCAUCAUCUGUUCAAUUCUUUUGUCGGACAAGCGGACAAUAAGAUAAACCAGGCCAUCAUGAAGCUUGGGGAGUCAGACGCACCAGUUGAGCAAGUCUGUGGGCCGGGAGCCGAUACAAACUUUGAUCAAUUGAUUUCUGCCCUGGGACACAUCGCGCGCCAGAAGCCAAAGCCACUGAUUGACACCAUCAUGUUCUGGCGGAAGGCUAAGGGAGACACCGCGAUCCUGGCCAAACAGGUGGCGAAUCAAUCGAAGAAUAAUCCUUCGGAGAAUGGGUUACUGAUUCGCCGCAACACCGAACCGCCGCAUGUAAUAGUGGAAUCGCAGACCGAUCCCUCAGCUUCCAAUAACAGCUUCCUCUCGCGACCCGACGAUGUCGUUUUGGCGGAGCGACGCGCAACCGUAUCGGUGUACCUUGUAUGCAGGGUGCUGAUCGAGAUUUUCAACCAGAGCAGUCUUGCCCUCAUCACACUUGAGAUGGCCGAUCGCCUGGAGGACAUUGUAUUUAGCCAACUCAAGACCGUUGAUCGCGACCAGAUCACGGCGUCUCCGCUCCGCAUGGCCAAUUGGAGAAUCUAUUCCCAGCUACUUGGAAUUAUGAGUGAGACGAACUUCACGAGUGUAACGACUCGGUUUAUUGCCGAGCUUGACAAAUACCAGAAGGACGAAACAUUGCGAGGCCCAUCCAAGGAGGGCGACGCGAAAGCCGAGCUUUUGGUCUCGGGAAUGAGGCACCUCCGCAUCAGAACGCAGCCCGAUUCCUGGCCCAAGUCGUGCGAUUUUAUGCGAUCGUUGGCGCGCUUGUUCGUCAACGCCCAUGGACAGCGAUUAAAACAGGCAUACUGCUACAUUUUUGAGAAGCUUCUCCUUACGGUAGCUGCAAACCCAAGCUGUGAUCUAUCUUUACCCCGAUGGAAGGAGUUUCUGGACUUGGUCCAGUCCCGAUUGAAUCAAAUGCUCAUGAAGCCUCGGCAUUGGGCAGCGGCUUUCCCUCUGCAUGUUCUCCUUCUCUGUGUCUCGUCAAAGGAAACCUUUUCGUCGCAAUGGCUAUCAGUCAUUAUGAGCCUUCCGCCGCGAUUGAAGGAUCGUCCAACUAGAGGCCCUGCUCUCCAGGCUAUGUGUCGCUUAUUAUGGACCUACUUUUUCCGCUAUUCAGAUUCGCCGAAUGUAAUGCUUCGAAAUAUUCACGAGGUCGCCAGAAUAGCAUUACCUCCAGGGAAAAGGACGUACUUGAGUACGGAGCCAGCGGUGGCAGAUCCUUUAAUACAGUUGGUACGCAUGAUCGGAUUCAAGCAUCCGGACGUGUGCUUCCGCAGUAUUAUCUUUCCAAUGAUCAACUCGGAUCUGUUCCUCUCCGGAAAGGAACUGAAAAUUGAACAAAUGGAACCCGAGAAGAUGGUCAUUGGAAUUAGGGCAUUCCUGGCGAUAGUUACCGAUCUGGAGACUUGUGACCAGCUGUGUCCACCUUUCCCAACUGGGUCGAUUCCCAACCCUUUCACAGACAUUUCCGCGUCAACGAAUUCGCAAUGGCCACAGUUUCUCACGGAUCCCCGCCCGCCGAACUCAUCAGAAAGCCGGGAUGACACCACCCGCCCGGUAAACACUUCAAGGCUGAGUGACAACGUAAAGGCCUACUACAUUCGCUUCUGUGAGACCUUGGGGAAAAUCACUCUUCUGUGUGACAACACUUUUGGUGGGCAGGCGGCUUUGGACGAGAAGUUCGGCGGCACGACUCCCAAAACCCCGAUUUCAGAGGCUUUCAGCUUUGGAAGACGUGAUGACCAUUUGAAUACCCUCGACCAAAAGCAGGGCUUCUACGAUCUCCUCCACGUUGCCGUCCAGGCUCUUCCGCGGUGCUUGUCCGAUCAUAUUCCGUUCAACUCCCUAAUCAAUUUACUUUGCACGGGAACAGCACACAUUCAGUCCAACAUUGCUUCCUCAUCUGCAGAAUCCUUGAAGGUUAUUGCACGGCAAUCGCACGCCCAACAGGUUACUAUCGGCUUUGCUAGGUUCAUCUUCAAUUUUGAUGCUAGGUAUUCCACUAUGUCGGAUGAGGGUAUGCUUGGGCCGGGCCAUAUCGAGUCGACAUUAAAGCUUUACGUGGAACUUUUGAGGAUCUGGAUCGAAGAAAUCAAGCAAAAGACUAGGUGUGCUACCUCUGAUUCAGGAGACAAGACCGUAUCCGGAAGUCGUGCUCUCCAGCUGGACCUUUCGUCUGUCCUUGCGCAUGUUGAGGAGAUCGAGUCUCAUGGUCUUUUCUUCUUGUGUUCCCAAUCAAGACGGGUCCGGGCUUUCGCUAUUACUGUACUUCGCUUGAUCACGGAAUUCGACAGUGCGCUCGGCAAGGAAAAUACAAGAAUGAUUAGAAUCCUCGAGGCUGACUCUCAGCAAAUUCUGGACGUGAACGAUGAACAACUCACGGUAGCUGAGAGGAGUCGCAUUCAAAAGGGAAAACGCAGGAGUGCAUCGCACAACACUCUCAUCGAGCUGUGCAGCAGUGAGGUUUCCUAUGAUUCAACUUUGUGGUCAAAGGUGUUUCCAAACAUCAUUCGAAUCAGCUUCGAGACUUGUCCCUUUGCUGUCACGCUAGGCAGAGAGAUUGUCUGCGCGAGACUUGUCCAGAUGCAUAAGACGAUAACGUCUCUCGCAGAGAGCUCACACCCUCCCUACUACGCUCCGAUGGAUGCCAGUCAAACCCGCCCACUCGGCAGGAACAACAUGACGGCGGAGAUUCUGAUCGAACAGUGGAAACUGUACCUCGUCAUGGCAUGUACGACACUCAACAGUGUCGGUGCACAAUCCCAGAGUCAGCUAGCAAAUGCUCAACAUACACGAAAGUCAUCUAAGGGCUCCUCUCAACAGUCUCAUGAUAAGAUCAGUUCCGCGAGAAGCCUCUUCGCCUUCGUGAUACCGUCAUUAUCGGCAGAACGAGCUUCAAUUCGCAAUGCCAUUGUGAUAGCCUUGGGAUCUAUCAACAAAAACCUUUACCGCACGCUGCUCGAGUCGCUCCAAUACGCCGUGACAACCUGCAACGAGGAGGCCAAGUUGCGGAUGAGCACUCACUACAGAUCCCCAAGCAGCCCGAGACGCAACCGAAAGACGGACCGGCUGCGAACGGAGGUGACGCAUGUGUACAAACUCACGUCUCACUUUCUGCAGGAACCAGAGGUAUUCAACGACGACUGGAUCGUCAACAACCUUGUCACGUAUGCAAAAGACUUGCGGAUCUUCUUGAGCGAUGCCGAAGUUCAGAAUGAUUGGGAAUUCCAACGACUGCGAUUUCAUUACUGUGGACUGAUGGAAGAACUGUUCGAGGGCGUCAACCGUACAAAGGACCCCUCGCGCUGGAUACCCUUUGAGUCUAGAAAAUCCGCAUUCUCCUUGAUGGAGGAUUGGUGUGGCUAUUCCCCGAAUCAAUCUCAAAUCUCCCAGAGAGAAGAGAAUAUGCGCAAAUUUGCUAUCUCACACCAACAUGAGACUGGCGAAAUGCGGAAUACCGCUGCUGCCAUGGAGAUAGAGAAGAAGAACCUUCGUGCGGCAGCUCUCAGUGCCAUGGCAUCGUUAUGCGCGGGCCCUAUCAGUAUCACUACGGAAAGUGGCGCAGUUCUUCAGUUCGACGUGGGACGUAUGCUCUCAUGGGUGGACAUUAUCUUCAACACUAUCAGUGAUAAGUGGCAUGCGAUUGGAAGGCGAGCGCUCAAAAACUUGAUUAUCCACAACAAAGAACACUCGUAUCUCUUAGAACGAUCCAUCGAGAUGUGCUACAUCACCGAGCGACCCAAGGCCUUGGAGAGCUACUUUGAGGUAGUAACCGAGGUGCUUAUUGAGCACACCGACUAUCCACUUGGAUUUUGGCGAAUCUUAGGGGCAGUUCUUGUCACGCUUGGCAGUCCGAAACGGGAGAUCAGAAUGAAAUCCGCCAAACUCCUGCGCAUUCUAGAAGAGCGGCAGCAGAAGAACUCCAGGCUCCAGGAUUUUGAUAUCAGUAUCUCCGACAAAACCACGGCUGUUUACAAGCUGGCCCAGUUCGAGACGUCCAAGCGCCUGGCAAAGCAGCAUUUCGACCUCGCUUUUACCCUCUUUUCCGAGUUUUCCUUGCAUUUCAAGAACCUGCGCCCCGACAGUCAGCGAAACAUGGUAGCUGCCAUUCUUCCCUGGGUCCAAACCAUGGAACUGCAGGUGGACCCUAACGGGGGUCCAACAGUCAAAUCUUACAUGCUUUUGGCCAACCUUUUCGAGAUCACCAUCCGAUGCAGUACCAUUCUUCCCAACGAAGUCCAGGCCCUCUGGCAGGCCUUGGCGACGGGCCCUCACGGUGGAAAUGUCCAAUUGGUGCUUGACUUCAUCAUUAGUCUCUGCUUGGAGCGCAAGGAGCAGAACUUUGUGGAAUACGCAAAGCAAGUGGUGGUGUUUCUCUCAGGAACUCCUGCCGGGUCUAAGGUCAUCGAGUUCUUUUUGAUGCAGGUCGUCCCUAAGAACAUGGUGCAAGAACGAAAGGAUAUUACGCCAGCGCCCCCAGAUAUCAAGAGUCUUCCUUACGUCGCAGACCUAGCGACCGUGCUCCCGGUGGGCAACAAGCAGGCAGGACUUUCUCUCGGUCAAGUUGCACUGAUCUUUCUUGUAGAUCUGAUGGUUGCCCCCGUCACUCUUCCUUUGGAUGAUGUUGUCAAAUUGCUGCACGUCGUUCUCAUCCUCUGGGAUCAUUAUACGCUUACUGUUCAGGAGCAGGCGCGAGAAAUGUUAGUGCAUCUCAUCCAUGAGCUGAUUGCUGCCAAAAUCGAAGACGAUUCCCCUACCGACACCCGACAGUCGCUUGAGGACUUUGUCGAAUCCAUCCGAAAAAGUGAUCCGAAGGUUGUUUGGGAAUACGAAGACAACAGUGACAGUGAAGGGGACGACGGGAGCCGUGUGCCUUCUUCAAUGUCUAGCGUUACCCGCACCGUUGUCAAGUUUUUCAGUCUGUCGUACGAGGGCAUCAACGACCUUUGGGCAAAGGAGGCUCUAAACUGGGCCACCUCAUGUCCUGUGCGACACCUGGCCUGCCGUUCGUUCCAAGUGUUCCGCUGCAUAUCCUUGUCUCUCGAUUCUAGGAUGCUUGCGGACAUGCUGGCAAGGCUGUCCAACACCAUUGCUGACGAAGAGGCCGAUUAUCGUACCUUCUCCAUGGAAAUUCUUACGACGCUCAAGAUUAUCAUUAGCUCUCUGGCUCCUCCGGAUCUGUUGCGAUACCCUCAGUUAUUCUGGACCACGUGUGCCUGUCUUAACACCAUUCACGAAACCGAGUUCAUUGAAAGUAUCGGUAUGCUGGAGAAGUUCAUGGACCGUGUCGACAUGAGUGAUCCCCUAGUAGUGUCUGAGCUCAUUAAGGGCCAGCCUCCUAAAUGGGAGGGAGGAUUUGAUGGCCUCCAAAACUUGGUCUACAAAGGAUUGAAAUCGUCGGAAUCGCUCAAUAAAACACUCGACGUCUUACACCGUUUGAGUGGUCUGCCAAACAACGAACUCAUCGGUGAUGGCAAUCGACUGCUGUUUACGGUGCUGGCAAAUUUGUCCCAUUUUCUCCAUCAAUUUGACCCAGUCACUGCGGACGGGCCUAAGGAUGAUCCAAAGACCCUUGCCCGAGCGACCUUGCUGGCGCGUAUCGCCGAAGGCGAGGGGUGCCCCCGGCUUGCAGCUUCGCUGCUUGGAUUUGCCAACGGACAGUACAAGGCGGAAAACGAUUUUCUGAGCCACAUCGUGACCGAGAUUCGCUCGUAUUAUUUCCCUGAUCAAGAUGUCCAAAGUCUUAUCUUCUUGAUGGGCUUGCUCACGAACACAACCGACUGGUUCCGAACGAAGGUCAUGAAGAUACUCUGUAUGCUCAUUCCCGAGAUUGACAUGCGGCGCAGCGAAGUGACCUGCCACGGGCCCGACUUGAUAUCUCCUCUUCUGCGGCUACUUCAAACUGAGCUCUGUCCCCAGGCCCUGCAAGUUAUGGACCAUAUCAUGACGGUUUCGGGCAACCCGAUGGAACGGCAUCAUAUUCGAAUGAGCAUGGCCUCGUCGUCAUCGUCGCGGGCCAUCCGUAAGGAGUACGAACGGAUACAAAGUCUGUACGGGAUACCAGAGCCGACUGGCUGGUCCAUUCCGAUGCCGGCUACUCAGUCGACUACCACAAGACACAAUGUGCAUGCCGUAUUUUACACCUGUGCUGACGUGGACCGCAUGGAAGCACAGGAGACAGUCAACACCGAAGUGGAAUUCCAUGCAGACGAAUAUAAUGACUCAUUCUUCCCUUUGCGAGCCGACACCAUGAAGUCAAUCGACACGCAGACUGAUGGCAACAUGGGAGACAUUGUCCAGAAACUAGACAGCUUGGACGAUUUCUUCGACGAGACCGAGCCGAUCAUGCCACCAUUGGACAACUUACCCGAUUCAACCCUACGAGGCUUCACGGGCACCUACGCCGACACUACAGCCAACCUCUACGACCAGCAAACAGCUCCCAUCUUGCGGAAAUCACUUGCGCGCACCGCAUCCACUUCGUCGUUCCAUAACGGUCUCGCCGAGUCCCGACCUCCAAAUAUGCGGUUCGAUAGUGCACCUGCCCAGUCGGCCACCUCAACACCCCAGUCCCACCCGAUUCCUCGGCCAGUAUCUCACACGCGUUCCGUUACCUCUCCUGUCAACCAUCUAUUCUCUCCCACCUCUUCCAAUGUACAGUUUUCUACUCCGCCAAUCGGAUUCAGUGACUCCGCCUUUCUAUCUGACGACGAAGUGGACGAUGGAGUGUAUGACAUUGAUGAACGCUUGUUAAACCAUAAAUCAUCGGUGCCUCACCCGAUGACCCAAGCGCGCAGUGUAACUGACGGAUCUUCUUCCAUUGAAUCCAUGCUACGCAGCGGCAUGAGACGACUCACUGGUGGCUCAAGCACGAACCGAGACAAGGAGCGACAGCGUGAUCUGGUUCGAUCUCAACAGCGGACAAUUGCCCAAACGGCGAGCUCUCCACGCGUGCCCAAAGUACCACAGGAGUAUCUUUCAGGACCAACCAGUAACCCUGCAUCCCCGGGUCAGUGA